AGCAAUCCAUCUUCCAUCAUACGUUCUUUGCCUUAUCAGCAACACUGUUUACAUUUCUCUCUAUCUCCCACUUCACACAUCACUCUGUCAUUUGCCAAUUCUCUCCUCUCUCUCUCAUGGCUGCCUCUACUCUCUCCCCUGCUACCCUUUCUCAGCUCUGUUCAAGUAAGAAUGGGAUGUUCUCUGCAUCCAAUGCUCAGAUGGUGAAAUCCACAAGGACCCAUUUGGCAGGAAGGGAAAAAAACAUGAAGAUGAUCAGGUGCCAGGCCACCAGCAUUCCGGCAGACCGAGUGCCAGACAUGGCUAAGAGGGAGCUCAUGAAUUGGCUUCUUUUGGGAGCCAUUUCUCUCCCCACCGCUGGCAUGUUGAUCCCUUAUACUAGCUUCUUCGUUCCACCUGGGUCUGGAGGUGCCGGAGAGGGUACCGUGGCGAAGGAUGCUCUUGGAAAUGAUGUCAUUGCAGCAGAAUGGCUAAAGAUUCAUGGACCUGGUGACAGAACUCUUACUCAGGGCUUGAAGGGAGAUCCUACCUAUCUUGUGGUGGAGAAUGACAGAACUCUUGCAACCUUUGGGAUUAAUGCAGUCUGCACACACCUUGGGUGUGUUGUUCCAUGGAAUAGUGCUGAAAACAAGUUCAUCUGCCCGUGCCAUGGAUCUCAGUACAACAACCAAGGCCGGGUUGUCAGAGGACCAGCUCCUCUGUCAUUGGCUUUGGCGCAUGCAGAUAUUGAUGAUGGGAAAGUUCUAUUCGUUCCAUGGGUUGAAACAGAUUUCAGAACCGGCGAGGCUCCAUGGUGGGCUUAAAACCUCUAUCCCAAAUCUGAGCAAGAUGUGAGAUCGAUGAUACUUUGCAUAUAAAUUUAUAAACAUGCUCAUAGAAAUGUAGUUGUUUUUUCUCUUCUGUCUUUAAUCUAUUGAAUCAACAGUUGAAGAUUUGUCUGCUUCACAUGUGCAAAUACUAAAAGCUUAUAUUCUGCUUGCGUUUUUGCCUA